AUGGCGAAGCUCGACAUCAGCGCGGAGGCAGUGAUGGGCUUCCUGAGGGAGCGCGGCGGGCGGGUGCGCAACACCGAGCUGGUGAGCGCCUUCCGGCCGCUGCUGGAGGCCGGCGGGGCUGGUGCGGAUGCCGAUGCCGGCGCAGGGGAGGCGGAGGGGCGGGCGGCGCGGCGGGAGCGGUUCAAGGCGGCGGUGAACGCCGUGGCCACGGUGAAGGAGAUCGAGGGCGUCAAGUUCGUGGUGCUGAAGAAGCAGCUGCGCGCUGCCCCGCCAGCGAGGGGCGAUGCCGGCGCCCCUGUCCCGGUUCCCGUUCCCGACCCCGCCGGGACGCCCCCCGAGGAGCCGCCGGGGCCGCGGGCCGUGGCCGAGCUGCGGGGCCUGUUCCAGGGCGGUGGAGGCGGGGUGCCCCUGCCCGGCGGCGCGGGGGGCGGCCGGCGGGAGCCGCCGCCCAAGCCCUGCAUGCUGCCCGUGCGCUGCGUGCUGCCCCCCGCCACCCCGGGGCCGCCCGAGGGGACGGCCGCCCCGCUGUCCCCCCCGCCGCUGGACGAGGAGGCCGGGUCCCGCUCCCCUGGGCUGCGGAGGGCACCCAAGAACCACCGGGCCAGCGAGGAAACGGUGGUACCACUGGAACAGGCGGAGCACCAGUGGCUAGUGCUGGCGGCCGACGGGCAGUGGACACAGCAGCUCCACGGGCUGCUGCUGGGCGACGCCAGCCUGGCGGCUCGCAGGGAUUUCAUCUCCGGCUUCACCGCCCUGCACUGGGCCGCCAAGAGCGGCAACUGCGACAUGGUGACCAAUAUCAUACGAACGGCCGAGAAGGGCGGGUCCCGUGUCAAUGUGGAUGCCAGGUCGCAUGGUGGCUACACGGCGCUGCACCUGGCUGCUAUACACGGCCAGGAGAAGAUCAUCACCAUGCUCGUCUACAGCUACCAUGCCAAGAUUGACCUGAGGGACUACAGUGGGAAGAAGCCGCACCAGUACUUAAAGGAGGGGACGUCCCUUACAAUCAGGCGCUUGCUGGGGGACCCCAGCCUUUCCCAAAACAUGGAGCACUCCAUGCCCAUCAAGAAGUCCACAAAGCUUGCAGCUUCAAUCUUGAGCUCCACUAGCACUUUCCUGGGAGUUAUAUCUGAUGACAUGGCUUUCUAUGAUCUCACCAAAGGCUUAAGGAAGCCCUCAACUUUAAACAAGCUUCUGACUGCCACUACAGGCCCGAGGAGGAAGCCAAAGACCAGAGGAGGCUUUCCUUCAUAUUCCUCACUCCCUGAGGCAGCGGAGGAGGAGGAAGAGGUUGUCGUGAAACGCAGACCUGUUUCUGAGUUAUUCUUUGGCCACUAG